AUGGAGGAGAUUCGCGUAAAUGACACCGGGUUGCCAAUCGCAUACUAUGUGCUUCUGGCUGAGUUUGACGUUGACACUGGACCCUGCUUACGUGCGAAGUAUCCGUCUGCUCUGUCGCGGGCGAAGGAAUCCGCAGAUGGGGAGGGAAAUAUGUUGUGUGGGAUGGUCAACAAACGCCGUGAUGAAACAGUAAAACAGUCUCAUUCUUUGGAAUUAGAUGAGGACUAUUGCGCAAGCCACAUGCUACCAGAUGGUGGCGAAAAGCAAGUGAUUAGCAGGACCAUUUUUAUUGCCAAUCGAACCAGGCCUGUGAAUACGCAUCGCUUCCCCGUGUGCUGUUUCACAUUGACGGCGCCAGCGCGGCCGAGGGACUCGGAAACAGGUUCCUUAAGCUUCAGUAAAGAGUGGGAAUGGGUGCGGGACGCGGCAGCCGAAGACGUACUUCUUCAUGAGGAGUUGAAUUACAACCGAGCCGCCGGCAACGUGUGUGUGCUCUCCAAGGGUGCUGUGAUGUGGGGGCCUGUAACGGUUCAGGCGCCCGAUGCCUUUCAAGUGUGUCCUACGCUUCCCACGAGUGUUGUUGCCUUUGUUCAACAACUACGGAAGAGGUUUGGCUUGCGCAGCGCAGAUGUGGCAAGGGGGAGAAAAUCUCAUAAAAAUGAUACAAAGACUUUUUUCGAUAUCCCUUUGAUGUCAUCUACAGCCAUAACAGACUAUUCAUUCCUUGUACAUCAUUCUGACUCAGUGUAUCGCGGCUUUUUGAUGAAGUCGACACAUUUAGAGGUAUUGAUGAGGUCGAAGAAGAUGCCACAAUCCUCGCCAGGAGCAGGAGUAAUCAUUGCAAAUGCAGUAAAAGAGGAACCAGCAAUUGAGCUCUUGAACGGCACGGAAUCCUCUACUGUGCCGCCCCUCUACGGUCUUUGUGCGGUGGUAACGCGCAAAGACCUCUCUGUUAGGCGUGGAGGUAUCAGUAAGAGUGUGGCUCUUUUAGGACCCAAACUGGUAUGGCUUGAGUGUUUUUUUCCGCUUCUUGUUGAGACAGCAUUGCAAUGCUGCGACAUAAAGGGAAAAACGGAGGAGGCAUUUGAGCAGCAGACAGCUCUGGUGCGACGCUGCUUUGAGGCUGUCGACGCCGCGACGUGUUCUUUGAGACAUGCCAUUCGCGAAGUGCCAGGAACUUCUUUGGAGCAUGAAGUUAUGCGUCUUUUCAACAUGAGUGGAAGACAGGCGCAUGUCUUAUGCGCACUAUCGCCCUUUGGAUCUUCGCACAAGUUGCGUAUUCCCCUUUUUCCUCAGAUGUACGAUUUUGAUUUCUCGAGUUAUGGUUUAGAGCAAAUGGUUGAGGUUUGCGGUGCAUCCUUCUGGACGCUGGUUGUGGCUGUAUUGCUAGAAAAACGAGUGGUGGUACUUUCCAGACAAGGACUACCGAAUGAUGUCUGUGAGGCUGCACUAUCGCUUGGCCUCAUUGGCAACCUGCUAGAUCCCCAUUUUCUGACAACCAAAGUGUUUCCUUACACUUCCGUCAACGGGUUUUCCCACUUUAGCCAUGUCCCUGGCUACAUUAUUGGGACAGUGAACCCUAUUUUUGAGACGCAGCAUGCCUGGUGGGAUGCCCUGUGUGAUCUGGACAAUAAGUGCGUUGUUCUGUCGUCUGAAGGUAACAGCAGCGUCACUAGCCUCCACUACGGUAGUGGUUCCGGGAAUGCAAGUGGAAAAGCAGGCGAUUGGGCAACACAAGAUGCGCGGGUUUCUAAGUAUAUUCUUGAUAGACUCGCUCGAAUGAAAGCCAUGCGGAAGUCAUCAUGUGAACGACAUCAAGCUGUUCUUCUGAUGAUAGAGGAAUACUUAGUCAUGACGAUUAUGGUAAGUGAGGUGGACCACUCCAUCCUCAGUCGUAUUGUACAGACUGUCUUCUGUACACCGACGUUAGAUCGACUUCGGGCACUUGCGCAAGGAAGCGCUAUUUUUCAUGGGGCUUUGGAACACUUUCUUCUUCCUGGCGAGGAUCCUUUGUUAAUUAUUGCCGUGGCUACUGUGCGCCGAGCCAAUAGGUGUGAUAGGGUGGAGUUGAUGCGAGCCCUGGCUCACCUUCUCAACCGCGUGCGUUCAUAUAAUGAUGUUAUUUGCCUCCUACGACGUAUGCCGCUGGCUUUGGAGGGUCUAAAUCCAAUUGCGUUGCAGUUGCUACACACCUCACCGCCGGUGUGCCAAGCUGCUCUGGAGCUGAUGCGACGUGUGGAGCUCUUUCCACCUGGAAAAAUUGCCAUUGCGGCGAUGAAUGAGUUUUCGCGCAUGAAGUACAAGGCGGCGUCGCAGGAUGUAUUGCAUUAA